AUGCUUCCGCAGCAUCGUCCGAAAAACAAAAAAGACAAGCCUUGGCCUUAUCCCCGCUUCGCGAACAUAGGGGACGGCGAAGAUGGAAAGUUCACGUUCGGUCAAUUCCAAGCACGCAUCCAGGGAAUCAACUGGGAUCCCAAGAGGAUGCUGCCCGAAGACGUGGAGAAAUACAACUCACUAAAGGCCCCAUGGUCCAACCCGGACGGCAAAACACCGACGAUCCACGAGGUCGCUGAACAGCUCAUGGAACUCGGAUUCAACGAGCAGCUCGUCGUGGCGGAGUUCGACCCCACGCUGACCAAGGAAAGGUUCCUUGAAGCACCAAAAAAGGAAGCGCCAAAAAAGAAAGCAAAACACCCUUCCCUCUAUGUCGCCGCGGACCCUUAUAGAUCCCCAUACAGUUACUACAUCGAGCGUGUUGAAGAGCAAUUCCAAAGCUACCGAGCCAGAGGCGGCCGCAAGCACGCGGCCAUACUGAAGAAGAACAACGAUCUGGGCAGGGAGAUACUCGAGUGUAUCGUGACGCUGCGACGUGAGGACGUAAUGAAGCAACUGUACACACAGAUGCAGGACGAUCUAGACGACGACCUACGCCGAGGGCUCGAGAUCCCCAAGAACCUCAUCGUGGCCAGAUUGGGCGAGCCUUCGCUGGUCCCCGGCGGCAAACCGUACCCAAAGCUGUACAUUGACCAAACCAUGGACAAUGCCUGGAACGACGCGGCCACGCGCGAGAGACUGGAGGCAAAGGGUUUCAAAUCCGUCGACCAGUUGGUGGAUUGGGCUAAAAAACUCGGCAAUCCGGCCGAAACACUUCCUCAAAGGUGGACCAAGUCGAACUUGUCCCAUUUCAGAGCGGCCAAGACUUGGAGGUGGGCACUGGCCAAGUCGAGGUCGUCGGUUGAUGAGAAGAGACAUUUGGGAGAUGAUUCAGAGGAGCGGGCAUUUGGACAUGUGCGCCGGGGUCGUAAUUAUGGUAUCAGGGCCAGACGGGCUCCCUGUGUGUCCGCUUGCGCUUAA